AUGACUAACGAGAAUGCUGAGAUCAAGAAUCUCUACUUCAAUGAUAAUCCGAAAAUGGUCGUGACCCCUGAACUAGUUAUUAACUUGCUUGAAGAUGAGAGUAAUAAAUUUCAUAGUGAGCACAGGGCUAAGUUCGAACAGCAGUUGACGGCAAACAUGUUAACUCAACCACGUCCGCUUGAUUUCACUUAUACAGAUCGACACGUGGACUUCAGAGAGUUCAUGUCUCAAUUUGUGGAUUUGUUGAACAAAAAUAGGCUUUUAUUUCCGCACCCAGAAAGAGAAACUACCUCUGACGGCAAGCCGGUGAUAUGGGAUACACUCUUUCUAGAUAAGCCGUUUGAUGUGCUUUCCCAGAGCCAGCUUUAUGAAAUGAUGCAUUUUGACCCUGCAUCAAUAGAGGAUCUAAAACUGAAACAUAGAAUAGUUACAGGAAGUCUUCCUUUGGUAAAACCAACUGAGCUUUACCAUAGUAAUGGCUAUGUGAUGAUUGGUGGUGGUAUGUACACCUGGUAUGCGUUUUUGGCGAUUCAGGCGUUGAGAAAGACGGGAGCAAGGCUUCCCUUGGAGUUAAUUAUUCCUAAACAAGAAGAUCGGGAAGGUUGGCUAUGCGACGAGUUGCUUCCCGUGAAGUAUAAUGUUAAAUGUGUUACUUUUGACAGUAUAUUUGGUCCUGAAUUAUUGAAGAAAAUGGGCGAAUUAAAGGGUUAUCAGUUCAAGUCAUUUGCAUUGCUUGGCUCAUCGUUUCGGAAUGUCAUGUAUCUUGAUUCCGACAAUUUCGCUGUCAAGAACCCUGACUAUCUCUUUGAAUCUGAUCUUUACAAACGCUAUAAAAUGAUCACUUGGCCAGACUUCUGGCGAAGAACCUCGUCUCCGUCAUUAUAUUCUGUUUUGGGAAUAAAGGUUGGUUCUCUUCCGGUACGGAGACUCAAUGAUAUGUUUACCUCACCAGAGGCCUAUUAUACAAAGGACGAUUUGGUCGCAGUAGAGGAGAGAGUCAAUUAUCAUGACAGAAGUGGAACGCUGAUGGACUGGUCGACCGAAUCUGGUCAAUUUCUUUUCGACAAAGAAGCUCAUUUUAACACUUUACUACUUUCCCUCUAUUAUAAUUACGAUGGACCUGCCGGAUAUCAUCCUCUCCUUUCUCAGGGUGGUGCUGGGGAAGGUGAUAAGGAAACUUAUGUUUUGGCAGCCCAUUUUUUGAAGAAGGUACACUAUCAGGUUUACAGGAAGCCAGAUAAAUUAUAUGGCUCAUUCAUCAAAGACAGUAACUGGUAUGUGGAUUCUACAAUAGUACAAAUGGAUCCUGUGGUUGAUUACAACAAUUUGAAGCAAAUUAUCCUGAAAAACCAGCAGCAGCGGCAGCACAAGGAUAGCCGUGUAUAUAGUUACGAUUAUACUUACGGAAGUUUCGCUACUAGCGGAAAUUUCAAGUCGGUGCCGAUGUUUUAUCAUAUUCAUGCGCCGAAAAUCAAUCCGUUUGAAUACGUGGAAAAGGACCUCUUCACAAAUAUGGAAGAUGAGCCCAUUAGAAAUUUUGGUAACGAUUAUCCGAAAAUUGGGUAUGAUUUGGAAUUGAUGAUUUGGCAGACAAUUAUCAAAAGUCUUUGUGAGGACCAACAGCAGUUCAAAUGUUUCGAAGGUCUGGACAUCGGACAGAUAUGCAACAACUCUGUAGUUGAUGAGAGAGUUGAUUGGCUAAAUAGAACGGGACGGGCAGCUCUCGAUGGGUAUCUGGAGCAGACAUUCCUGGGGCCUACAGAAUUGAACGAAGAAGAGAAUACGAAACUGGAUGACAUGAUAUACGGUAAGUUUAGGGAUUCCUUAAAUUAUACCAUGACUCGACUACCUAAUGGGAAAAUUAAUAACUAG